UUGGGUGUUCCUGUUAUUCUGAGAAACUCAGAAGAAACAGAAUCCAGUGCAAGAGUGUUGAAAAAGCAGAUGAGACAAGUGAAGAAUCCUUUUGGGUUAGAAAUCCUUCAUCCUGCUACAGCUUCAGUAACAAAGGGUAUAACACUGACACCAGACUGUCUGGAAGACUGUAUUCUUACAUGCUACUGGGGCUGCAGUGUUCAAAAACUUCAUGAAGCAUUGCAGAAACAUGUCUACUGCUUCAGAAUAAAGACUCCUCAGGCAUUAGAGGAUGCUCUGUACAGCGAAUACCUCUAUCGACAACAGUACUUCAUUAAAAAAAAUGACAAGGAAGAAAAACAUUGUCAGUUACCAGAAGAUGCUCAAGUUGUUGAUUUUGGUCCAGUGCCUAGAUCUCGCUAUCCCUUGGUAGCAUUGCUGACGUUAGCAGAUGAAGAAGACAGAGAAAUAUAUGAUAUUAUUUCAAUGGUGGCUGUAAUUCACAUUCCUGAUGAGAGCUACAGACUUCCCUGCAGAAUACUGUAUCAGUAUCUGCUUCUAGCUCAAGGUCAAUACCAUGAGUUGAAGCAGCUCUACAUGUCUGCAAAUAGUACUGCAGCAUCUUCAAGCGAUGCAUCCCCUGGUGAGAGAAGCACUGACAGAAGCUUACUAGAAAAGGCUGGACUGGCUGAAGACGAACCAGAAUUGCAUGAAGAAAAUAGUAAAGACUGUGUUGUUUGCCAGAAUGGCACAGUGAACUGGGUACUCCUACCCUGCAGGCACACGUGCUUGUGUGAUGGCUGCAUCAAGUAUUUUCAGCAGUGUCCAAUGUGUAGGCAGUUUGUUCAAGAAUCUUUUCCACUUUGCAGUGAAACAGAGCAAGAUGAAGAUGAAUCAACCCGUAUCUUGCAAGAUGUUCUUCCUGGAAGAGUUUUUUAAUAUGGAGAAAAACAGAACUGGGUUGUAUGCACCAAGAUUAAAUGUAGAAAACAGACUGCUUAUGGGAGGUUACGUAGCAUUAACUCAUAUGGUUUUGCUUUUUAUUGUUAGGUAAUUCUCAGCUUCCUUAUUUUUCUUCGCUCCAUAUGCUCACAGGAACACCAUGCUUAUCCAUGCAAUGUGGACGGGAGAAGUGCGUGGGGUAUCUUUGAAGAAUGUGAUUUCAUUUAUAACUUCUUACUAGUUUUUCAUGGAGUACUAUUAGAGGCGAUUUUGAUUACUAAAUUUAGUACAUCUACUAAAAAAAGAACAAAACUUGCAAGUGAAGUUGCACACAGCUCAUUCUAUAUUUAUUGUAUUUAAAAUACUAGAGUGAUAUAUCAUUUUAGCUGAGUAUAAUUUAGAAACGUAGCACUUUACAGAAUGUAUCAAAUGAAGGAAAGUAAAUAUUCUUCAUUGUUAAA